AAUCUUCCCAACUCAGAAAGGGCAGUUUUGAAAUUUUAAUUUCUCUGUUUGGAGAAUUACGGAGCAUGCCAUCAAUGGCAGACCUCAAGGAGCGGCUGCUUCCGCCCAAACCAGCGUCGGCGGUCAACCUUAGAGAUCAUGGUUUCCGGUCGUCAGGCUCUUCACGUCACACUUUUCAGGGAAUGGAUGCCUUGAAGAAGCGGGGGCAAGGUCUUCGAUCUUGGAUUCGAGUUGAUGCCACUGGAAACUCUCAAGUUAUUGAAGUCGACAAGUUUAGCAUGAUGCGUCGUUGCGAUCUUCCUGCGCGUGAUCUACGCCUCCUCGAUCCUCUGUUUGUUUAUCCAUCAACGAUUCUCGGUAGAGAGAAGGCUAUCGUGGUCAAUUUGGAGCAGAUAAGGUGCAUCAUCACCGCUGAUGAGGUACUCCUCUUAAAUUCCCUCGACAGUUACGUUCUACAGUAUGUGGUUGAGCUGCAAAAACGGCUGACAACGACUGGAGUCGGUGAUGUCUGGCAAUCAGAUGCGGCUGAUUCGAACCGGAGACGAAGUAGGAAUUUUGACAAUGUUUUCGGGAACACAUCCCCUGAUUAUUUACCCUUUGAGUUUAGGGCUCUUGAAGUUGCUUUGGAAGCCGCUUGCACAUUUCUUGAUUCACAGGCACAAGAAUUAGAAAUUGAAGCAUAUCCAUUACUAGAUGAGCUUACCUCAAAGAUCAGUACAUUAAAUUUGGAACGAGUUCGCAGAUUAAAGAGCAGACUUGUUGCAUUGACUCGAAGAGUUCAGAAGGUUAGGGAUGAGAUAGAGCAGCUAAUGGAUGAUGAUGGAGAUAUGGCAGAAAUGUAUCUUACAGAGAAAAAGAGUAGAAUGGAGUCAUCAUGUUAUGGUGACCAAUCUGUGAUGGGAUUCAGAUCAAAUGAUGGACUGUCAGCUUCUGCUCCAGUCUCUCCUGUUUCUUCACCCCCUGAUUCCCGGAGACUUGAGAAAAGUUUAAGCAUUGCUAGAAGCCGUCUUGAUAGCAUGAGGAGUUCUGAGAGUGCUACAGAUAGUAUAGAAGAGCUGGAGAUGUUGCUCGAAGCAUACUUUGUUGUCAUUGAUAGCACCCUAAACAAGUUGACAUCAUUGAAGGAGUACAUUGAUGACACAGAGGAUUUUAUCAACAUUCAGCUGGAUAAUGUUCGAAACCAACUGAUCCAGUUUGAGCUGCUACUCACGACAGCUACAUUUGUUGUUGCCAUUUUUGGUGUCGUAGCAGGGAUAUUUGGAAUGAAUUUUGAUAUCCCAUUGUUUGACGAUGCUGGUGCAUUUAAGUGGGUUCUCCUUAUUACUGGAAUAUGUGGGAUCACUAUAUUUUCUGCAUUUGUGUGGUUCUUCAAGUACAGACGACUUAUGCCACUAUAAGGAAAUUGCAAUUCAGCCAGGUUAGAAAGGAGAAAAAGAAAAAGGAUUAUUUCUAUUAUUGUCUUCAUCCCAUUACUUGAGCACUUAUGUAGAUCGAAUCAAAAAUAGAAAAAAGGCAAAAUGCUCUAAUUGAGAGCAAUUCUUUCGUUCCACCUCAGUUUAUUGACCUUUUUGAGUGUAACAUAGCCCUACCUGUAUGUCAUGUAAAUAUUUUAGCUAUAAUUUGCAUAGAGCGUUUAGGGGCCUUCUCCUUCCAGUUUCUUUCUUCAUUGUUUGAAGGAGAAUGUCCCAUCAACGCCUAAAGGAAGGGAAGAAGAUUGCCUCUUGUCAAUGAAAGGGUAUCAUGGGA